CCUGGACUGGAUUUUUCUGGAGUACGGCAUGGGGGAAAACCCGGGCUGGGUUUUGGCCGGAGUAGGGAAUUGGGGAAAUCUCGGACUGGAUUUUUCCAGAGUACGGGAUGGGGAAAACCCGGGCUGGAUUUUGACUGGAGUAUAGAAUGGGGGAAAACCCGGGCUGGAUUUUGACUGGAGUAUAGAAUGGGGGAAAACCCGGGCUGGAUUUUGGCUGGAGUACAGAAUGGGGGGAAACCCAGACUGGAUUUCCAAAAAAAAGGGUUGGACUUGAUGAUCUCAGAGGGCCUUUCCAACCUGGCUGAUUCUGUGAUUCUAUGACUUCUGUGGAUGGGAUUACAGCACUAACGUAUUUUCCUACUGAUGCCUAAUGUGGGUCUCCAAAAAGGGAAAAACAAGAUUAAGAGUUGUUCAUUUACAUUUGAAGUCCUAAGUCAAAAAUUAAGAUUUACCUUAAUUAGGGCAGCUCUGAUCUGAUGGGGGAUGAAAAUCUAAAACCUUUGCUACAGCCAGAGCUUCUGUAUUGUUACUUAUAUGUAUAUGAAAUAACAACUGGCAUCACCUACUUAGCAUCAUAAAAUUCUGUGGGAGUUUUGGCAGGUCCAGUCAUGACUCAAUGAUGUGUAAACAGAGUUUGGCUAAAAAUUCCCCACCUUUUACAGGAAUUCCUUAUUAUGUGUGCCAAAGAACAUUAAAGACGUAAGUGUAAUGUUGAGCCUGCUGAUUAUAAUCUGAUCCUAAAUAUUGGCUAUAACCAGUUUCUGAGGGUUUGUAUGAUGUUUCAAAUAAUUCUGCUUUAAAUCAUGAUCUAAAUAACCAACUGCAUAAUUUUAAUCAUUGACUUUAGCAAGCAUAUAAAUCAGAUGUUUACCUAAGAAAGUGUUCUUCAUUCAGCUAAUAUAGGUAAGAAGGCCAGAUCUGACUGACGUACAUGUUUUCAGUUUGCACAGCAGAAUGCAAGAUGAAAUUUAGAUCUCACCUUAUGAAACUAUUUAGUGUAAUUAGCUUUGCAGUUUUCAUCUGGCUUGCGCCACCUCUGAUGCUGCUGGCAGCUGUGAGGUAAUGUGCACUGAUCUUCUUGAAACCUGUAUAAUAGUUCACCUAUAACACAGUAACACAGCAGCCUGGUGUCUUUAUACAGUUUGAAUUGGACUCAAAAGACAAAGGUGUUUCCUCCCUUUUCUUGCUGUCAUUAAAGAGCAGAACAAUUUUUUACCUCUUCAAUAUUUGAAAAUAACUAAGUAGCGUAGCAUCUUUUUGAUCUGAACUUCAGUUUAUAGCAAACAUAGAAUUUAGAAAUGGUUGCUGUAAGUUCAUUUCAAAAUUUGAAAUGGACCAUUUAGAAAACAAAGAGGAAUGCAUUUAAAUGUAUCUACUUAGUAUUUAGGUAAGAAUUGGAUUUCUGUUUCAAUAUUCAGCCAUCUCAGUGACUUUUGGUAAUUGUAAUGACGUAGAGACAGAUUCUUACAACACAGGAAACAAUACAUCAAUCUGUGGCAACCUGUCAUGAGGAUGCUGUUCAGACCGGUAAUCUGGCACUGGAAGGGCAGCUGCUGCAAAGGCUCAUAACCUCCUGGCACAAGCUCUCAGAUCAGGCACUAACCCAGCAUUUGCCCACCUCACUUUACCAAGCAAGAAAGCUUUCUGAGCACAUCACAUGGAACUGACACACUCUAGAAACACAAAUGUCUCGUUCACACUGCCUAACAUGUCUGACCGAUGACUUUUAGAUCUAACAACCUCUACUUUGCCAAUGAUGAGUAGGAAUAGGUCCAGAUAGACAUCCUGUCAUCAUUAAUUCCUUCACUCAGUUUUGACACCAUGUGGUCUGUUCUUCCAGACAUCAUUAAGCUUCUGAACAAAUCUUUAGUACUGCUGUGAGGCAUUUCUUUUAUGAACUUGUACAUAGGAGGCUAAGCUUUGACUGAAAGGUAGUGGUGGUGUUUGAGGUUUUUUGUGUGAAUGAGUAAUCUUGUAAUAAGUUAUGUGUUACAUAAUUACAUUCUCCCUUCUGCUGCUGAUCAUGUCUGAAAGUGGAUUUUUAGUUAUCACAGUUUCAUUUAGAGAAAGCUGACACAAGUAGCUGACACUAACUCACGGAUGGAACAUUCUCCUCAAAUGCCUUUCUCUGGGAGGUGGCAGGAAGAAGAGAAGUUGAAAUUCAUACCAUUAUAGAAAUGCAAACAUCUUUAGCCUCUAAAUGCCUUAGUUCAAGUUCUGGACUUCAUAUUACCAACCAAUUUUGGUUGUGUUAGAUGAUCAGCAUAUCCACAAUGUAUAGAAGAACCAGGAAACGGUGACAGUGGCCAAGUAACACCAUCUGUCCCCACUCAGGACAAAAUUGCUCUGCUAUCCCUGCAACCACUUCCUGUCAGAUCAGCAGAGAUUGGGUUUAAUCUAUGUUUUUAAGAAAGAGAUCAAUAUGCAGAUCAAUUGCAAAAUCUUUCCAAAAGCCCUAGAGGCUGACAGCUGCACAGUGUUUUCUGUUUUGGAGGCUUGCAGCUGAAUUAAACACGUUAUCUAUUCAGGAAAAAGAAGACUGAGAUGCCUGCCCAGACAUUUGUCAUUUUAUCACCUUGUUUCCUCUUACUAAGUUUUCUGGAACUAAGCACUGGGCAACCAGACUAGUAACUUUGUACAAAAGACCUAACAGUCUUUGUAUUCUUCUAUCAUCUUUCUGAAAGAAAAAGCAACAAAGAAGUCCUGAGUGAAAUAAGGACGGGUCUUUUAGAGCCAUGGUAAAUUGCAAGAGGGAUAACCCUCCCUGUUUAGGUGCCUGUUUUUUCCCUCUUCUGGGGGAAGAAGUGACACACAGUGGGAACAGAUCUGCCUCCGUAACAAGAAGUUUACACAGCUCCUCUCAUCACUCCAUCAGAAAGGUGUGAGCUCUGGCGGAUUAGCUGUCAAAAACAGUCUCUUAAAUCACAUCUUGCUUGAACUAGAGAGGACUGCACUACCACAAGAAGAAAAUGUUUCCAUCAUGUGUACACACUGAACAGUGCAUCCAAUGUAGAUGUUGUACUGAACCCCUGGCUCGUUUCAGUGUGCUGUUUAGAAGCCUACAGCUACCAGGUAAACCAGUCACAUCUAAGGCCUUGAAAACCUAGAGAAAAAAUCUAGAGAGAACACGUUAAGAAAAUGGGGAAAGGGGAAGCAUCUGUUGUUCCAUCUUCACCACGUUGCCUACAGGAGGAAAGUUAAAAACAAGCAAAGUAAAUAGAGCUACAAAUUCCACUGUAAUAGAGCUAUCUAGGAGAGUGACCUGUGAAGAGACUGGAGUGAACACACAGAGCUCAGAGACCAUGAACAUCACACCUGAGACUCACAGACACACCAGCUCUGCAGAGGCUUCACCUGGAGGGCACAAGCUGAGGAGUGGCAGGACACUAGUUGAAAAAGCUCUGUCAAAGAUGCUUUAAACCCUGCUCCAGGACAGUCUCUGAAGUGAUAAUCAGCUCAACACAAACUGCUAGGAUAAAUGAUAACCUCAGUUUUGCUCUUCAUUCCGAUCUUUGUUAGCUACUAUAUCCCAGACGCUGUCAUUACUGCUUCUAGUAACUACUACUACAGCCUGCAGUUCUGCUGUGUUCCCUUCUUCAAAAACAGAGGCCAGCACAUACUGUGUUGCUUCACCAUAACUUGUCUAUGUUGAACUAAAUUAAUUAAUUUUGUAUUUUGAAAGUUCUUAAUUGCUCCCUGCCUUCUCGCAGCUCAAAACUUAGUUUCAUUUAUCUCUAACAAGACCAUUUGCUCCAACUGUUUUAUUCUCCGUAUGGCACAAACAGCUGCUUCAACCUUCUUAGAAGAAAUUUUCAUAUACAAAAUGCAGAUUCUUCUUAGAAUGGCAUGACCUUUAAAAAAUAUUAAUGAAUCUUAUAUUAGCAUACCACUUCUAGAAGUAAUGACGCUAUGAAGAUUGCAAAUUUAAGAGCUUAUCUAGUUUCUUUUUAGCGAGCACAGAGAGACACUCUGGAUCAUGCCUGAGUUUAACAUUAAGAACUCAAACUACCUUCUUCAAGAUUUUGAGACAUUCUUUGUGGCUUUUGAACAUGAAGUAUUAAUGUGGACAUAAUGCAAAUCUCAGAAUGCAUUCCUCAUUUCCCUGGAUGAUUCAGAAAUACCUCUGCGCUCAAUUUUCUUCCCACCUCACCUGGGACAGCGGCAACAACCUUUUUUCAACCACAAAGAAGUACAACAGCUGCUUCUCCUUUCAUAAAAUUAGUGCCUUAAAGGAGACUAUUGUACAAAUGCCUCAAACUUCCAGCUGACAAACUUUAAAGUCACAGGUUAGUGGGCUACAUAGCAAUCUGGGUUUUCAUUCCAUCUCCUGUCUCCAGCCACUCCCUUUACACAAUUCUGUCCUACUAUUUUGUAUAUUCUGUGACCUUAUUUGCUAAAAACUCUUCUUACUGGACAAGACUGAAGAUGAUGCUGGUUUAUUGCUUCUAGUCUUCCAUUUUCAGUUUGCUUAACAUUUCCUGUAACAUUAACAUUUACAGAAGCACAAGAAACAGGGCAUUAAGAAUUAGAAAGUCUAACCACAGUAUCGAUCAUCUUUUACUAUCUGAAACUUAAGAUAUAAAGCACCUAAAUUCCUUCUGAAAAUAUUCAGUUUAGGAGAAAAAAAACCCUCUCAAGUAUAUUUGCUCCUAAAACUGCUAAGCAAGACAUACUGAACGGAGUCUAAUACCUACUCAAAAGAAUCUCUCAAGGUUUACAAUUAGACCUCUCAAUUGAUGAAGAAAAAUGUUUACAAUAUCAUCACCCCAGUAAGUUCUGUCGAUAAAUCUAUACAGUAUUUUAGUUGUAGAAAGUUUUGAAAUUUUCUGUUUGCAUUCCAAGAGCAGCCUGAUGGCAAGCCAGCACAAGCUCUCAAAGGAUGCUCUCCUUGAAAAAAAUGGGUACCUGUUCUUGUUCCUAUCAAACCCCUCUGUGGGGAUUUUGGGUGUGCAGUGAUGAGUGUACAGGUUUGCCUCAUUUCCCAUCAUAGUAGCUGGAAGGCUUGGAUUGUUGUAACAGAGGAGACCAAGUAGCAGCCUGUCUCUUCCAACAUGUGGGGCAUUUAGGUAGCACGUGCUGCUCUCUUGUUUGGGAUUAUUGGUAAAGUUACAGUGCAGAUGUGUACCUUUAUAAAAACAAGUCUCUGUAAACACUUCUGUUGCCAAUAUUAUGUUGCAAAUACCUCAGAAGAAAGACGUUUUGCUUUUUUGAGGUAGGCGUUGGCUGCACCUGUAGUGCAUUUAACAUUCCAGCAUUUUUGCUUAAAUGAGCAUGGCUGGAAAUAUCAGUAGCCAUCAUGUGAUGAAAUUCUGUCACGCAAAUCAUCUCCCAUCUUACCUGGUUACCUUUCUCUUCUAUAUUCAUUUUUUAUUUCAUAUCAUGCCCCCAGCAAGAGAAGUUGAUGGUUCUAGUAAAUGCUAAAAAGACAUAAAAAAUUAUUUAGCUAUUGUUGUGGUUUAACCCCAGCUGACAAUUUAGCCCCACACAGCUGUUCAUUCAUGAAAGCUUUAACCAUUUAUCACUGGAGAGACUGUGAAUUUGAUUACAAAUCAGGUUUUUAGUUCUGAGUUACUAUUAAAACAUUCCAUUUACCUGGUUGUUACUUAUAUAUGGUUAUUUGAAGCCACAAAAUAGACUUGUCAGUAAAGCAACACCCAAAUCCCUCCAUAAUGAAGAAUUUGGCUUACAGUCAGCUUGGUAGAAAAAGUCUGACUUUACAACAAUAUCCUGAAUUUUGGUCUUGUUAAUUUCUUAAUUGCUAAAAUAUGUAGAACAAUUAAAGACUUCAAGAUUUAAGUGAUAUUUGUUUCAAGAUUUAAAUGUGCAAUGGGUUGAGUUCUGUGGAAUUAGGAAUAUACAAUUUUUUACUAUCUUAAUUAUCACAGCCAUACUGAGAAUCUCUAUUAACUGCUUAUAUCUAGACGCCCUCUUCAAUGAUAAUUAUUGUCCUGUAUUGUGUAGUGUCAUCAUGAGCUUGCCUAGAACUUUCUCAGAAAGUGUAAUGGAGAUAAAAUACUGUAGUCACCAAGAUACUUGCUUCAGUGCUACCACUAUUCAGACAGCCUGAUUGAAUGUUGCAGAAAAAUGACUCUCCAACCAACCCUUUCAUAUGCCUUAUUGAUAUUGCAGAUCUUCUGCAGACUUUUGUGAGUAGGCUGAGUAGUCCAUGGAAUUUUCCAGCUCCAUUUUAGCACACAGUUUUAAGUUGGGUUGGUUUUUUUUUUCUUGAAAAAGAUCGUGUCUACUUAUUCUCCCCUAUCCGUGCAUUGCUCGAAAUCUCUCACUGGUUAUUUGAAAAAAUAAGAUGUAACAAAACCAGCAGAAAACUGUCUUUAUCUAUCUUUUUUAGUCACCAGUAAAAAGAGGAUUUCCAGGGCUGCAUGCUGUACUAGUCAUUCCACACAACUUGCCUGCCUAUACCUUUCCUUCUCGUGUUUUGCAGUAGCUUUGCUGACACUGAAUUACCAUUUAGCCUGUGCCAUGUACCUAGUACAACUGCAAGUUUUAAAUUCUUCAGUAAAUUUUAGCCAUGGUCUGCUAAUAUGAAAAGUGUUGGUGAUGGGAUGGAAAAGAUUUUUUCAGGCAAGCCAGGCUGAAGAGGUUCUGCUGUUACCAGCUUAGAUUUCACCAUGUGCUCAAAGCUCUUUGGGCCAAACUUUCUUCUCCAUUUAGAGUUCAUCCAAAGCAAUGUAAUGUUUCUGUUGGUACACUGAAGCUGUAAAUUUUUAUUCGGUUAAUGGCAAGUCCCUUUUAUUUUAAUGUCAAAUAUUAUGCUUCUAGUUUACUUAACUAGUUCUAGUUUAUAUGUUUUAUGUAACUAUAUUUUUAUCAAACAACUGGCAAAAUCUAGUUUGGUAAUACUAAUGAUUGUUUUCCUUUUAAAGGGAAAUAUAGAAUUUCUCUACAAAUUAAAGUAUUGAUUGGGUGUUAACCAGCAAAAAUGUUGAUUUUAUAAGUACAAAAAAAAAGGGCUUACAUCCAUGUGUUUCAGUAUUCAAAAGAAGGCUGAGAUCAUAAAAACAGACAACAUUGUUGUUCUGCUCCAUUCAUUUUUCUCUGCAUUGACUGAACUAUAGAAGUCCUCCCUGAGAUGCUUAGCAGUGAUGUGAACUAAAAGCCUUACUGCAGUCUGAACAAUUGAGGUGUGCCAGUGGUGAGGCAGGGCUUUCACAGAGCACUUUGAAGAUAAUACUGUCUGUAGCAAGUGCUGUUAGUGAUCUGAUUCUUGAACCUUGCUAAUGUCAGCCCUGGCAAACAGAAAAGACUGUCAGGCCUUAGCAAGCUUCACAAUAUUUGGAUAUUGCUAGGUAGGAAUGUAGAAAUAAGCUUUCAGGGCUAAAUUUGGUAGAUAAAGGGGUGACCAAAUUUGGAAGGCUGCUGAUCCAGUGCAAGAAACAAGCCAAAUCCCAAACCUGAAAUAUGAACCCUUUGAAAAUGCAGGACAAUAUAUGUGCACCAGAGUGAAGCCUUUCUGUAAUUCCAGUCCAGGUGGCUUGUAGAUACUGCUUCCACCUCUUAAGGCUACAUAGGUCAUAGCACAGUCUGUUAUCUGAGACCCAAAUCUCAUUAGAUUAAGCUGUGAGAAUCAGAUGCUGCCAAACCUGAACUUUUGCCUUUUUUUAAGACUCAGCUCUGCAGUCGAUCCCUGCUUGAAGGACCUUUUUUUUUUUAAAAGCACACUCUGUGAACCUUGAUACCACAUUGAAUUUGGUGACUUCUUAAUCUUGAUUGUUAUCUGGAGUCUCUGUAACUUAAUUAUCUAGAUAUAACAGAUACUGAGAAGUUAAUAAUAAACUCAGAAAUCUGCUGCUUAACCAGCUGUCUUGUUAAUUAUGUUAACAACACGCUGGCAAUCGCUUUGAUUAAAACACCCUGGGUUUGGCUUGCCUUUUCAGGCCCAGUUCACUGUCUGUGCAGAUUAAUUUCAGCUGUGCUCUCUGUCCUUCCAAGCAUGUAGAGGAGCACACCGGGUCACCUAAAGAGGCUGCUGGGAAGCACAGGACAAGCACUGCAUGGGAGCAUCCCUGUAUACUCCAAUAUUCCACAGCAGCUGCUCCUGUUUAACUGGUCGGGAGGUUAGAAAAGUCUGCUGCUCAGUAGUACCCAAACACAACAAAAAAGCACAUAAAGGUGUAAGUUCCAAAAUGACUCCAAAGAAAAUAAAGAAAUACUGCAGGCCUUGUCCUCAGUUUCUGGUGCCUCCUGGACCCCUUCCACAGCUAAAAUGAGAAGACAGAGGAGAGGGAAAGGCAUCUGCCCAUCAACACAUCUCACAGUGCUUCACUUGAUUGAGGGCCCUCCUUUCACAGACAGCACAUGCGUGUAUAUUGCUUUUUGUUUGGGAAAGGCUUCAGUACUGUUUAUUCCUUCACUCAGGCACCUUUGUUUUAUUAAUACUAACCUGGCAGUUAAAGAGUCAACAAAGUCGUCUGGCUGCCACCAGACUUUGUAUCAGUUGCAUAUUCCUCCACACCAAACAGGGAUUUAGCUCCUCAAGUACCAGGAGGAGAAGAGCUGGUUGAAGAGGUGGCUAAAUCAUGUUGUUUUGCAUUUCUAGGUUACCUAAAAGGUGGUAAAGGGCUGAUGCUAUUGUUUCUAGUUAUCAGUAUACAUGCAUAUUUAGCCUUUUCUAUGAAUUAUUUAUUUUGUAUUAACCAAGGGGUUUGCUUGUAUGUAAGCAUAUGAUGGUUUUUCAUCCAGCCUUUGCACAUGGCGUUUGCAAUCCACUUAGAAGCAGAUUUCUACAAAUGAGAAAGAUCUCAUCAUUUAGAAAGGGCUGAGAAAUUGGAUAAGCAGGUUGCUAAAAUAAUGGUAACAGGCCAGAUUCAAGUAAGCUGUUCAGUACGUCUUCUGAGGCUAAAUCUGACUUGAAAAUCAAAGUGGCUUGUUCUUUAUCUUCCUAUGGAGUGUCAUCAGGUGGUUAUUAAACAGCAUCCUGAAAAGGUGUUAAAGCUAAACAGAUUUCAUCUCUUCUUCUGAAACCAGAAGGCAGCUGUUCUUUUAAGACACCUGAGUUGUGUGAUCAACUCAAUAAACAAAACUUACUGGAGCAUGAAAUAAGUGCUAAGAAUAAUACCAAAGGGCUGAAUAAUAGAGAAACUGAAGCAUCCUCUGACACUUCUCUCAUGUAUCUUCUGUCCUUUCCUAACUGUUCUCUGCAUAUGCUGCUAUUUCUCUGCCCGGGGGAGAGUCCUUAAAACAGAAUUACUUGGUUGUUCAUAAAUCUGGGUUUCCUUCUAGUGAAUAUGAGGAGGAGUAGAAAGCUUUUCUGCUGCUGGGCAAAUUGCAAAUAGUAAUCUUUCCCUCAGUACUCAUAGUACUACUCUUUCUCUUAACAUAAUUGCCAGUAUGAUAGAAAUGGUCUCAGUGCCCUUCACAAUUUGGGGGAGUUGAAUGGGAACAGUCAGAGCCGUGUCGUAACGCACACAGACAAAUGCAAUUCCCAUGGGUCAAGUUUAUGGGCCUUUAGUCAUGGUCCUGCUCUCAUUGGCAAUGUUUCUAUUGUGCUGAGCAAUUGAGCCUAUUUCUGGGUCUUCUGUGUGCUUGUUAUUACUUUGGUUUUGUAUUGGUUUUGAGAUUAGAUAGAUCUGACAUUCAGCUUCCUAUUUUUGAAGAGCUGACCGUGCAUAGCAUUUUUAUAUCAAGGAUAAAGGAGCUGCCAGUCCUCCUCACAAGAUCUCUGAAUCAGGAGGUUGGUGAAGGAACUGUUUCAUUUUCUAUUGCUGGUCAUGGGGCCAACAUAUUUUAUUUCUAUUGUCUUCCAUAGCUUGCAGAAGGAACCUGUAGAAUAUAAAUGACAAGUAAAUGCAAAAGCUUUUUUGGUAUUAAAUGUGGUUGCAGUAGGGUUUUACUCUGUAAAAUAUGGCUCUGUGUUUACAGCUCUGUAUAAAACAUUGUUAACAGGUUUGAAGAUUUUGUUCUCCAAUGUGAACUUAAGCCCUUUUAUAUCUGAAAAUGCUGUAUGAUUUUCCUCUCUGCCCUACACCCUUGAGCCAGUGUGUUUCACACUCUCCAAUCCUCCUUCAGGCAAAAUGUUCCCUCUGAUAACAGAAACGUAAGAUACAAAGACCAUUAACACAAUUGCAGAAAUACUCUGGGUCUCUGGAGAGAUCCCAGUACAUAAUUUAAUGCACUUAAGUAUUUCUCUAAGUUACCAGAUUGGCCUCAACCCCAGAUUGAGGGCUAUUCAAGUUAAAGAUGCCACUUGUGUGAGGUCCUAGUCUUGGCUGAACAAACUAAAGCAGAGAUCUCCAAAACAUUUCAGCGUGGAUUGUGACUGCUGCCCAAAUGCUUUUUCACUUCAUCUAGAGGUAUCAGGAUCUUGUGUGAAGUAAUUCCUCAGCAGAGUUUGACUCUUAUGUACCAGGCCAUUUCCCUAUGUGGUAGAACAGAGGUACAUCUGAUCAUGGUUUCACUUAUAGGUAUCUAUUCUUCCUUUUGUUUUCCUUUCAGUGCUAUGCAUAUUUGUUUGGCAUUACCAGAGGAAAAACAUAUUUGCUCAGUGGCUUUUCAAAGUACACAAGCUGUAUGCUUAUAUAAAGUAGUAAAUUUAGCUUAUCCGAGCUGACAAAUGCAUUUUUUGUAUCUUGUGGUUUUGCAUGCAUUUGGCUGUCAGGCAAGAAAAUUGCACAGCCCUUAAGUUCCAAUAAAGAUGUUUCUGAAGUAUCUCUAUGCCUGCCAGAACAGAUGUUGAAUCCUGGUCUGACCUUGUCAAUUAAGUGAGCCAGGUGGCUCCUCACUUUGUUUACAGCUUAAUACCACCAGCUAACACCAAAUCAGUCUGUCUUAUUUGGCACUGUGACUGUGAGUUGUCAGGAGCACAGGAGAAAUGAUCCCUGCUGAUAGGGACUGUUGCUAUAGAGGCAGGUUUGGGGAUCUCUUUUUUUUCCAAGUGGGUAGUAGAAGAAAUAAAAAUAUGUAUUCUUCAUACAAAAUAUGAUCCCAAAAGGUGUGAUGGCGGCUCUUCAUGUUGGCUUUUCAGCCCUUUAGACUGUGUGGCCCACAACUGAUACAAGGGCCUGGGCAUCCUCUAAAAAUUCAGGAUUUUGGCUAUGUAGAAGUUCUGUUUACCCAAAGUAUGGACAACAGAGGCAAUUUCUUGUGAUUCUGUUUGCUGAGAAAAACUAAAAUGCUGCAUGGACAAUGUCAUCUUAAAUAAUAAACUCAACUGAAAUAUAAAAGCAGAAGGAUAGAUACUUCCUGUUGUAGAUAUAGAGCUAAUUCUUGCCCAAGCUGAGUGGGUGGCUUUGGUAUCCAUUGGAUCAAGUCUGAAGACCUGCUGCUGAUCCUGUUUUGUCCAAAGUUGUUGCUAAUUACUAUCUCAUGAGCAGCUUUAGGAAAAUAUUGUCAGACAGUGGAGGCAGAUCAGAUUUUCCCUCAAGUUUGUUCUGAAAAGAAUUUGUCCAAAGUUUGGCAAUUUUUCCUCUUGUAGGUUGAAGGUUAGGGGAAAACCCUCUUACACAUCAGCCUUUUUUUGCCUCAGAUCAACCAGUUCCUAUUGGAUGUAAGCAAUCAUCUCCACCAUAGCUAAUUUCUCUGAAGGACUCAUUUUUUUUAAUUGCUGUUGGGGAGCAAAGAGAGCUCCCUUGUGCUACAUUAAAUGAUGUGGGCGAGGGUGUUGGUUCCAACCCAUGUAUGUUUGGGGUUCCCAGUAGCCCUUCAGUAUUAUUUUGGCAGCCACUGGGUAACCUACUUUGGUUUUGAACACGUAAAUAUCCCAUCAUGCUUUGUCUUUUGAUCUUAGAGCAGGGCUAUUGGUACAGAAGGAAUCUCCAAAAAUUACUUCUGUUUUCAACGUCUUAAUGAUGGGGGUCUCUGCUAGAAAAGUUUGGUGUCUGGAUAUGGAUGUGUUCAAGUUGUCAUUCAACCUUUGUGCCAACAUUUGUUUGUGUGUUUCAGAUGCACUGGCUCUGAACAUCUUCAAGUGGAGGGGGGGAUUUAAUUCCACAUUUUCAGGCUGAUGCUCCACAAGGGAGCUAAGGAUAGAGAUUUGCUUUAGGAUAAGCACCUUACACUUCCAAUGCCAUCUGGUCAGCUUCUGAACAUGAUCAGAGAAAUCAGGUCAAUAUGUGCCUAUGAGUGAUCCUCAACUGGACAUGUCUUGUCUGACUUCUGCAACCUGACCCAAUCACAGCAGUCUCUGUUCUCUCAGGAAGCUGUCAUACCAAGCCUAGUUACUGCCAGAGACUCAGGCUGCAUCCGGGAUGUUGGCUCGAGAGCUGACCCCUCCCAGCUGGCAGUACAGCACAAUCACAGGUGAUGAUUUAAACCUGGUCUGGGAGGCACUCAAGCCCAAGCAUUCAGAAGUUCCAUGCACACAAAAAUGCCUGUUCAUUAACUGCCUGAUAGGCACUUGUACAAUUGUUUACCUCUAUUGUUGUGCAUGUGCAUUUGUGAGAAGUGUAGUGCAGUCAUAGCAACUACUAUAUCCUGGCUAAUAGGGUGUCCUAGUGCAAAAGAUAAACAGCCACAGGGUUUCCCUCACCUGACAAGCAAGAUGUCGUUUAGAUCAGUGAAGAAAAGUGGUUUUCUGCUGUCAUGUUGUUCAGUCUUCAGCACUGAUGCCAACCACAGGGGGUGAAAAGCCACGUUCCUGAGGCACCACUUGGUGCUUGCCUGGUCUCUGAAAAUCACGUCUCUGUAGUACACUCUUACAAUUGCCUCCCAAGACUGAAGUGCACUGGAAAACACUGUCUUUGGUAGGUGAGUUCUCCACACAAAACUUCCUGUUUGCAUUGUCACAGAGCCCUGUGUCACAGUCAGUGCCAGUUUUGUGGCAUGUUCACCGAGCAAUGCUAAAACCUAUUUGCAUCCCAGAAUUUUCCCCAAGAGAUCAAUAUGCCUGUGAAGAAAGAUGUUUUCAUACAGAAAAAAGUGUGAAGAAGUCCAUCUGUUUACGAAUGCUAUCAGAGAAACAGUGAGAUGCUUGAAAACAAGAUUCUGUUUGAGCUGAGAUAAUGCAGCAGUGUCUGCAAGUCCCUCUUUAAAGUGUUCUUUUAAUGGCUUUCCAGUUGCUCGUUUUCAUUUCUUGGGAAGCAAUAAAUGAUAGCAAUUGUCACUGAGCUCUUAUCUUGAAGUUGUUUGAAUGUACUAAGGUUAAACAAUUCAGCGUUUUCCUUUUACUUAGUUAAAUAUAUACCAAUACUGCUGCUUUAUUCUGCAAACAUCUUCAGGUGUGUGAUUGAAGAAAGGAGAGAUGAAAAAAAAAAUCUGAGCUGAAGAUUUGUCUGCCAAAGCCCUAUGUGUGUCAUUGACCUUAACCUCAUAAGCUCCACCUUUGAUAGUCUUUGAAAGGAACUGCCCUUAAAUUUACAUUUAAGUCAAGACUCAGCAUUUUUGAAAACAGAUCCCUAAGUCUCAGAAGUGAAGUUGACCUGCUUUUCGUAAUUUUAUUUAAAAAUGUGCUUUGAACUUUUUCCUGUCCACUGAACAGAACUUUCCCCUUCCAUCCUCAACAUUCUUUCAGUACUUUCUUUUGUUACUUGGCAUGAUUUUACAGUUUUCCAAGCCAAGUCUUCUUCCUUGUCUGUUUCACUGAAUAGAAAAGUAAUCUUUUGUCUCUUGGCUUGAUGGUCCCCCAACUAUUCUUUGUCUAUGUGGGAUCUUAGAGAAAUUCUGCUGUCUGAAUUCCCUCAAGAUUUUCUCUUUGAGCUGAACAAUUUUGUCUCUAUGAAUUUCUGUCCAUGAGUCUGACUGGAGUCUACCUUAUAAAAAAGAUAUGGUAUGAAAUGGUGCUGCAUUGCACUUGUUGUUUUCAGACAUUAUUUUUGUACCAAGGACAGUUACAGGAUUGGAGCACCUCUGUUUCAAGGCACCAUAUAACCAUUCUGAAGCCAGGGCAUGAGAAGGGAUUUUUCUGUCAUUUAAUUUGUAUUUCAGUCUUCACUGCAAUAACUUUGGAUCGUGUAAUCUCAGUUAGCAGAUGUGGAAGUCUCAAAUAUCUUAUUAAUUCUUCAAAUUAAUAUCUAUUGUUUAGAUUCUUGCUAUAUAGUUCUAUUGAUUCCUUUUAUUGAUAGAUUGUUGUUAAAAAAAAAGGCCAAAUAAAUAUAGUAUUUUGAGAUAAAGUACUAGAAAGUGUGGGAGGAGACAAUAAGAGCAGAAUGCUCAUAGAGUUGAUCUUUGGGGUCUAGCCAGGUUAAACUACUUGUUUUGAGAACCAGCAUAUGUGCAGGACUAUUGACUGUAAAAUUCUCUCCAGGCGAAGACUAGAUAGUUGAUAGAAAAUUGAAAGUGGGAAUAGAAUUAUAGUUCUGCAUGUUUCAUAGGUAAAAUAAAUUACCUCAGAGCUGCAUAUUUAAUACUCUUACAAUAGAAAAUUUGUUGAAAUGCAUGUUGUUUUCUAGGUUUCUAGCACCACUUUGGUUUAGGGCUGCCUGAAAACUCAGGUUUCCUCUUGAUACAGCAAUCAGAGGGAAAGGCUGAGCUAUGCCCUGACCAGUUGGAUAUCCCAUAUCCUAAAAAGGUAAUUACCUUGGCACUUAGUCCAGUCUGAGAGUUGCUGAGCUGUGGGAUUCUCUUCUGAGAAUGGUUAAGGUACACCCCUGCAUUUCCAAGAGAGGGGUGGUAGGAAGUUCCAUCUGCAACCACAGUGUCAUUCAUUUACCUGAGUAAAAUCCAGCCCCUGUGGCCAAAGUGCUGCUGUGGUCUAGAGCUGAUCACUAUCGAGGGCUUUAGUUCACCUGUAGUCUUUGCAUUCAUGCCAUUCCUGUGCAUUCCUGGACAGCUGAGUUUGGUUAUACAUGGCAGCAAAAGGAGCAUGUUUAAUUUUCAUACUUUCCCUGAUUCAACAAGCCAUUUUACUCUCUUGUAAGCAGGGCAUCUAUAAAGGGAUGUCCACAGCACAUACAGCAGUCAGGAGAUUUAUGGGGAGAACACAAGCGUUUCUUUGCUCUGCCUAGACAAGUCUUGUUAUUUUUCUCAGCCACACAGAAUAAACUAUAAAAUCUUGAUUUAUUCGUUAUUCACACCCCAACUCUUGAGUUAUAUGUAUAAUUUUUACAGGCAAAACAAUGAACAAUACUAGUUCUUUCAUAAAUAACUUGGACUGUCUGGCUGCUGCUAAAUGGCAUCCUUCACACAGAUCUCUGUCAUGCUCCACGGCACCACAUGCAUCACAGAUCACGCUGGUGAAGUGAAUGUAGGCUACCUAAAUAUACCUAGAUAUUCUAGAGAAUAUUUGUUCAUUUUCUAUCCCUGUCAAAAGAAAAUGAGGAGAGUGAUUUGUAACUUCCAAAGAAGUAAAUUUACUGAAUUGUAAUGGAUUUUGCAGUGGUCUUUAAAAGCCUCUAAGCUAGUAAAAUGGAUAGCAGGAACUUUAAUUACUUAGCAGCUGCAGAAAAUAUUCCCCUUUCCCCAAUUACCUGCAGCAUCUUUUUUGCAAAUGCUAUAAAGCACUCUUUGGCAGACUAAAACCAGGAGAAGCCGUAUCUGAGAUGAAGUUACUUCUUUUCCCCAGAAAUUCACCAAACCUCUGCUGCCACCCACAGUAAAUGACAAUAACUCAUGAUAAAUCAUUUAGGCAAGUGCUCUGAGAUUUUUGUUUUGUAGAUGACUAUUUCUGAUGGCAUGAAAGUGCCACCUCUUUACCUGUGUGGAAAAAAUGUCCACCAGUUUGUUUGGAGAGCACUUUGUUGUGUGUUUUGAAGUCACUGUGGAAGUGCUGAAAUUAGUGGGUAUUUGGUGUCUGUUCUCCCUGGUUUUGUGCCAUUGUAAUUUCUUAAUUCCUCUGGAGGUAAGGACAUCAUGACUGGGUGCUUCCAUUCUUGUUAUCCAAACAAGGACACUCCAAGGGGUGCAAAUUGAUGUAAUACUUGUAGUCACCCCUCUAAAUCUUGGUUAUCCUUUCCAUGAAUGAGGUGUGUUUUUCUUCUUCUGUCUUGUGGGUUGUAUCUUCCUGAAUCAGUUGAGUUACAAAGUCUUCUUCAUGCUCUGUUUUAUCAGACUAGAUAUAAGGAAGACAUUUUUUAUGAUGAGGGUGGUGAAACACUGGAACAGUCUGUGCAGAGAAGCUGUAGAUGCCCCAUCCUUGGAAACAUUCAUGUUGAACAGGGCUCUGAGCAACCUGACCUAGUUGGAGAUCUGUCUUAUUGCAGGCGGUUUGGACUAGAUGAGCUUUAAAGGUCCCUUCCACCACAAACCAUUCUGUGAUUCUCCUGCAGACUGCUGGGGUUUAAUGGAGCUGCUCAGUGGGGCUGCAAUAUGAAAAAUUAUGUGUAGACAGCUGAGUUAUAACUCAUGUUGUUCUUUAAAACUCCUCAAAACAAACAGUACAGUAUCACUUUCAGCUUUGUAUUACUGAGCUGACGUUUAUAAAUAUUGACCAAGAGCAUUAAUGAUCACAUCACUAUCUUUCAAUUACUUUUAUGUGAACUUAAUGAUCUUGCGCUGAUUAUUUACAGCUCUUUGUGAUAGAUAUGAAAACUGAACUUAGACCCCUAUGAAUCAGAAUUGUAACAAGCAGCUCAUUUUCCUUUUAGAUGUAGAAGUUAUUUAAUUAAUAACAAGAGAAUACCAGUGAGAGGGAGAAGGAGGUGUUUACUGGUUUGCAUUUUAAUCUGUUGUGACUACAAAAAAUUCAAAGUCAUUUUAGCAAAUUUGCAUAUUCCAAAUGAUGGGAUGCAUAAACUCUCAUAUAGGAGGUGGCAAUUUUGUUCUGGCAACAGGGAGGAUCAGAGUUUGGUGAUCAUGGCCAAGCACACAUCUCUGAUUAGAUUUAACCACCAAAACACGGAACUGUUUCUCUUUUGCCAUUCCUACUGUGCAAUGGCACUGCAAGUCUGUUUCUCUCCCAUAGCUGGUAAUUCAAAACACAGAGAUGGACAGUGAAGACUUCUGAGGGACUUCAGUCUUUUCUGUCCUGCCAUCAGACUGGCCCAGGUUUCUGCAGAUUCCCCAGCACUUUGUGUAGUUUCUCUCAGCAGCCAGACAGAAGGUAUGGUGCUGUGCUAGGAAAAUGCAAAAGAUAGGUCCUGUAAAAUUCUUCACCACCAAAACCAGCCAUCUGACACAGUCACCAACAGUUGUUCCUGAAUUUUCAGCAUCAUUUUUGGUCUGUAGUAAUGGAAAUGACAUGCCCCAGUAUAAGUCAUCUUGCAGUCAUUUGCAGGGAGAUUUUGGUGGGGAGGAAUGAUGUAGUUUGGGCAGGCAAGAGAAUUUUGUUUGGUUUGUGAUGGAAACUUCAUGUUUAACUAUGUCUCAGCUCUGCUGAGACAAAGAGCUCUACAACCCCUCCCAGGUCCCAGCCGGAGAGCAAACACCCAGACAAGUGUGGUUGUUACAUUUAUGUUACCUCAGCAUGUCCUGCUGCUGUCAAGGUGUUUGGGGAUCAGCUUUGACAAUUCUUGCUCACACCACUCUGUGGGACUUGCUACUGAACUGACCCUUUGGUGUGCAAGGAACAGCCCAGCUGUGGUUACAGCUGUGUCAGACUCAGUGUUGUUAGAAUGUCUGUCUCACCUACAGUAUAUGUCACAGCCCCAUCCUGCUUCCAUUCCUUUGCUUUCAAGGAUAAAUAAGAACUUCUGUAUCACAUUCAAAGAUGUGAGAAUAGGGAGAGUUUUAAGAAGGUCUUGAAAAUGACCAAGGCUCCACUUCUCUCCUUCAUGGUAUUGCAUCAAACAAUUCUGACUGAAUUGUGGUGUGCAUCACACCUCCAGGUAUCAAUGGUAACUUCCAUUGCCCCCCCUCAGUAUGUGAUUUACAACAGGAAGGCCAGAGUGUAAUUUGGAUUUUUCUGUACAUGCUGAGAUUUAUGUAAAGUGCGCAGCACUUUUUAUGUUGAAUUUAUUUACACACACAAAUGCACACACAAAAAACGCUGACCAUUCCUCUCCAAGGUAAUACUUUAUGUCAUAUGCACCCAGAAUUGGAGGACGAGCAUAGUAAAAGAAGUAGCUUGAGCUGUUGUUAUAUGAGUGAGAACUUUAUUACUUAUCCAUAUUGUCCAGAGUCUAGAACAGAGGAAAACGGAAACAGACAUAAAAGAUGGUACAUGGUUAUUAUAAAGCAAAGCAGGACAGUGGAAAAUAAUAUCUUUAUUUCUUUAAUUUUAUUUUUCUUGCUAUUUUUAAAUCACAAAUGCGAUGUGAGCAGAAGAAAACUGACUGAAAUGCAGUUCAUGCAAACCUCACAUUUAUAUGCCGAGCAGGCAUUCCCCAAGUGGGCAGCUCUAAUGUGAUCACCCUGAGGUGGAAGGACCACCCACAAUGUGGAAGGAGUAAUUUAUGUGUGUGCCAGCUCAGCCUGUGCCCUCUGUGCUCAGCACGGGUGGCAGCAAGUGCCAUCUGGGAUGGCAGUGACACAGCAGGGCACUCACUGGCUAUGCUGUGAACAGGCCUUCUCCCACCCCCAUCCCUGCAGGGAGAAUCCUGAGCCCAUGGCAGCAUUGCUGCGCUCCUGGGGAGGUCUAGGUGCUGUUUUAGUGUUGGCAUCUGUUGCCAGUUCUAGUCUGGCCAACAUUUUAGGCUGUGCUUUGGGACUGGGCUCAAGAACAGCUGUCUUGGGUGGGGGCCACGAUUCCCCUGGUCAGGGAAUGUGGAAACAGAAAAAGUACAGCUCUCGGUACUGGUGGAAGCCAUUUCUUGUCAGCCAGACUUGGUUAAGGAAUACUACUGGUCUUGGGCUCAAGAGGGGGUUUAGGGCUAAGAAAAGUGAACAUGUUGGGACCCAGGUUUUUCCAAGAUUCUCAAAGGCUCAGAGAGAUAAGAGGGUAGGAGCUGGCAGAGGACUGUGUGUGGCUCGUUUAUGUCUGGGCCCUGUGUCCAAGAAGUUUCUAGUUUUGGUUUAGGGAGUGGGUUUUUGCUGGGGGAAAAUUCCAUAGCUCAGGACAUCCCCAAGGUUUUACAAUGCACAUCCAGCAGUUACAACUGUGCUGCACUGGCCCCAGUACACCCCAGCUGCUGUCAGAAUGGGAGAAGUCUGCAAAAACCGUCAUUGCGUUAUUGUAGCAUCCUUCAACAUUUAAAGUUUUAUUGCAUAAAAGUGCAGGUUGUCUAAAAGAUUCCUGUAGAUAUUGCUGAUCAGUGACCCAAACCCAAAAUUUGUGUUCUGAAAAUAUUGUAUAUUUCUGAAUUUUUUUUGUGCUGAGUAGUAAACACACAGCACUCUGGGAAACUAAUUUGUUCAUAUCAGAUGGUUAUAUUUCAUUCUUCUUUUAUGUUUCUUGCUACUUGAUAUGCUAGAAAGAUAUGAAAUAGAAAUUUCUUCUACACAGAGAAGAGGGAUCCUUCCAUUCCGAAAAACGUUGGAACAGAAGAUAUUGCUCUCCUGAAACCCUCUGCUGCCCCUCUUCUUCUGAAGGAGAAAAUUCAUCGAAAUAAGCCUGGAUUCAUGAGCUGUGUAGGCUGCAAUCAAAGUUUAUUUGCUGACGCAUAUAUAUUUCUAUCUAAUGUUGCUGUGUUAGGUAUGUAUGACUGUGCAUAGAUGCAUAUUAGCUGGGUUUCCAAACUGUAAGUGGAUUAAGAGCUCAAACUCAUUGAAAUUCAGGAGUGAGAUGUUUUGCUUCCUUGGAGAUACAGGCCCAAGAGAUUUAGAUCCCCGGGGGAUGCAACCAGGGGAACAGACAGCUAUUAACUUUGACAAGAGCUCUCCAUCACUUAUUCUAGGAAAAUACUCUGUAGAAAAACAGCAUGUUGUUAGUUGUGGAUUGAGGAGGCAGCUGAGAGGACAUUCAGGUGCUAUUUAUGUUUUCUUUUGGGCACCAUGCAGGUACAUUUCUGUGAUUUUAUCAGUGGUUUAAUAUUACUUUUGACAGAGGUGGCAUGAUUAAAUCUGUAACAGGGACUAAACUUAUAUCCAUCUUCUAAAUGUGUAUCUGCUCCCACACAGUUUUCAGCUUUGGAUCCCCAUAUCAUGAAUUUAAAUGCACUAAAAAUACAUUUGUUUUUCUUAGUUCCCUGCUGCAGGUUUCCCUCAGCUUUACAGGCCUCUGCUUCAGUCACAUAUUGGUUCAACAUAGAGCUUUUGCAAAUACUGCUCUACAGGAAGAGUCACAUAGAGUCACACCAAAGGUCCAAUCUCAUUCACAAUGACAAAGAGCUUCUGGCAGGGGGUAAUGUAAUGCCUUGCUGAGCCAGGGUUUGCAUCUGUAUCAUCACAUUUGCUAGUUAUCAAUGAACACAACCUUCAUUAUUUUGUCUGAUUCAUUUGGAGCCUAUCUGGUCUUUUGCUCUCUGUACCAUUCUCUGGCAAGUUCUGUUAUGGGUGGCAAGUUUUGUUAAUAUUGGCUCAAGCGUUUUACUUUUCCCCUCGCGGGAGCCUUACAGCUGAUUUGUUCUGCAGGCAGAGGUGUCCUUCUGGCAGCACUGUAGAUCCAUGGGGAUCUGCAGGUGCAGACAUACCCUGCCCACAGCACAGGAGCAUCACAGCACUACACAAAGGCCUCUUCCAUGGCCUCCUCCACCAUUUGUUCCCCCUGCAAAGGUCAAGGGGGAAUGUGUGACAGGAUAUGACUGCCAGCUCGCUCUGUAGGACGGAUAUAUGGGAACUGCCCAGCCUGUCUCUCCCCUCCGUGUGUGAUGAAAGCUUUCCCUGCAGCUCUGCCCACCUUCCCCUCUGCACCCCACAGGCAGGGACUGGGAGGGGAUGCUCUGUGUGGGGUUAUCUCCCAAGGUGUGGGGACAGGCUGCAGGGCACCCGCGGCUGCUCCCACCGCUCCAGUGCCAAGGGCCACUGCCAGGCAGGGUGUGCAGCUUCUGCCACGUUCUAAAGCAUUGCAAUGGGGAACUCUGUGACUAAUUAAUUUCUUAGACGUUUCUACCACGCUACUUGUUAAUUAAAAAACCAGAAAACUCCAUUAACACAUCCUUAAAGGGCAAGUGCUUUACCGCAGGGCAAGUUUAAACAGCUAAGCCAUGAUGUAAACAUAUACUUGCUCAGAAGCUAUGUAUUUCCCCAAUGGAGCUCCUUUUAAGCAACUUUAUCUGUGAACACCUUCCCAAGCUGGCUGAUUUUUAGCCCUAUAAUAUAUUGGAUGAUAUAUAUUUUAAGUUAGUGCGAACACCUUUUAUAUGCCAAAACAAGCAAUGAAAAAAAGCUACUUUGUUAAUUUUUCUGAUGUGUUAUGCUUAAACGCACUUUUCAGUAUAUUGGUUAAAAAUUGCCUGCUGAAACUAAGAGGUGCUUUCAGCAAUUCGUGCAGUUUAAGAAUUAAAUAAUCAGGCCAGCUCAUGAGAAGAACAUUUUGAUUUCUGCAUUUAAUUGCAAUUUAUGCAAUGUUGUGUUCGGAGGUUUUUUGCUAUCAUAAAUGUAAUUGUUUUCUUUAAAAUGGUAACAAUCAUGUCUACUGUUUGUUGCUAAUAUUAGAUUUUCUUUUUUUGUGGUUUCUCAAGAUUGCCAAAGCUAAAAUAAAAAGAAUCCUCUUUUAGCUCUCAAAAAUAGAGGACUGGCUUAGACAAUUAAAGACAGAGUUUAGAAAGAAAACAAAUUUCUACUUUACCUUCUCCCUGACUUCUGUGUUUGGUCAGCACAAAUACAGUACUAACAGCAGAACCUAUGAGAGUUACACUGAUUCCUCCAAAUCUUGUCUCAGAGAUGAGUCCCACAGCUCCCUGCAAAGUAAUUGGUCUAAUUAGGUGGUAGGAAGGAGCUUCUUUAAAUUCCUCAGAAAUUAAGACGUGUCAUCCGCUUAACAUCUUAGCAUCUGUUACUGCCGCUCGCACAUUUCUGCACUACAUCGGUCUGAAGGACACUUUCCUGGACAUUUCAGAGAGGAAAAAAACCCCAAACCCCUAUAACAGAGAAGAAAUUGGCUCUUUUUUCAGUGGGAUGAAGCAUGUAAGGCAUUUCAACCCCUCCUUAUUUCUCAGUUUGGUGCAUGUUUGCCUGGUUCAGGCAAAUUAUGCCCCCUAUUUCUUUGAUAAUGGAGCCAGAAGCACGAACGGGAACAUGGCACUUCUCAGCCUUUCAGAGGACACACCUGUUGGUACCCAUGUGUACACUCUGAAUGGAACUGAUCCAGAAGGGGAUCCUGUGACAUAUGACCUGACCUAUGAAGCUGGAUCAAGACGCUACUUUUCUGUUGACAAGAACCUUGGAAAUGUUACACUGAUCGAGGAGCUUGACAGAGAGAAGGAAGAUGAGAUUGAAGUUAUUGUCAGUAUUUCAGAUGGCCUGAGUACAGUUUCUGAAAAAGUCAGGAUCCUUGUAAUGGAUGCUAAUGAUGAGAGCCCAGAGUUCAUCAAUACACCUUACAUAGUCGGAGUCCCAGAGAACACUCCCUCCAGCAGCAGUAUCUUUAAGAUUGAGGCAAUAGACAAAGACACGGGUUCUGGAGGAAGUAUCACCUACUUCUUGCAGAACAUCCACGCUAACAAGUUCACUAUAGACCGUCACAGCGGAGUGCUGCGCAUCAAAACAGGGGUCACCCUGGACUAUGAGAAAUCAAGAACGCAUUUUGUUGUCGUCGUAGCCAAGGAUGGUGGUGGGAAGCUCAGGGGAGACAACAAAGUGUUUUCAGCUACAACAACAGUUACUAUCAAUGUGGAGGAUGUUCAGGACACUCCUCCCAUGUUCAUCGGGACUCCCUACUAUGGAUAUGUCUAUGAGGAUACGCUCGCAGGCUCUGAGGUCCUUACUGUUGUUGCUCUUGAUGGAGACAGAGGAAAGCCUAACAGUAUUCAUUACUGCAUCGUGAACGGAAGUGAAGGUUCAUUUGAAAUCAGCAACACAACUGGAGCCAUUUCUGUGAUAAAAAGCCCAAAUCAACUCAAGAAAGAAGUGUAUGAACUAAAAGUUCAGGCAUCAGAAGUCAGCCAGGAAGGUGACACCUCUGAGCACACUUUUGCCAUGGUGACCAUACGUGUGGUCGACCUCAACAACCACCCACCAACGUUCUACGGAGAAAAUGGUCCCCAGAACAGAUUUGAACUGACCAUGUAUGAGCAUCCCCCAGAGGGUGAAAUCUUAAGGGGAUUGAAGAUCACAGUCAAUGAUUCAGAUCAGGGAGCCAAUGCUAAAUUCAACCUCCGUCUUGUUGGACCUGGUGGCAUCUUCCGAGUGGUUCCCCAAACUGUCCUGAAUGAGGCUCAGGUUACAAUAAUAGUGGAAAAUUCUGCUGCUAUUGACUUUGAAAGUUUCAAGGUGUUAACCUUCAAGCUUCUUGCGAUAGAGGUGAACACACCGGAGAAAUUCAGCUCGACGGCUGACAUAGUGAUUCGCUUGCUGGACACCAACGACAACGUCCCUAAGUUCUCCUCUGACUACUACAUUGCCAGGAUCCCUGAGAACUCUCCAGGGGGCUCAAACGUGGUUGCUGUUACAGCUACAGAUCCAGAUUCAGGGCUUUGGGGAGAAAUCAAGUACUCUAUCUAUGGAACAGGAGCAGAUCUGUUCCUAAUCCACCCAUCAACAGGCAUAAUUUACACCCAGCCCUGGGCUGUGUUAGAUGCUGAAGUGAACUCGAAGUAUAAUUUCUAUGUGAAAGCAGAGGACACAGAUGGAAAAUACAGCUUGGCUGAAGUGUUUAUCACUGUGCUAGAUGUCAAUGACCACUCUCCAGAGUUCAAUGAAAACAUCCAGGAAAAGACGAUGAUCAUUGGGUCACCGGUGAAGAUAGAGGCUAUAGAUCAAGAUGCAGAAGAACCCAACAAUAUUGUGGAUUAUUCCAUCAUGCAAGCAGACCCAGCCAACGUGUUUGAUAUAGACCAAAGCACUGGGGAAAUCAAGCUGAAAUCCUAUAUUCGUUCCCUGGACAUCAUCCACAACAUCACAAAAAACAAAGACUGCAUAUGGUCAUUGGUGGUACAGGCCAAAGACCGAGGCUCCCCGUCCUUCAGUACCACGGCAGUUCUGAAGAUCGAUAUCACAGAAGAGACUCUUCACAAAGGGCCUAUGGCCGCCUUUUUGAUGCAAACUAAAGAUAACCCCAUGAAAGCCUUAGGAGUGCUAGCUGGUGUCAUGGGCAUAAUGGUGCUGAUAACUAUCAUGAUCUCUACUGCCAUGUUCUGGCGCAACAAGCGAUCCAGCAAAAUCAUGCCGGUAAGAAGGAUCAUAAAAAAGAGACAGAUCCCGCCAUCCCGGACAGUCAGAAUGGAGUGGCUGAAGUUCAAGAGGCCCAGCAAUGCUGCGGAGAAGUUUGUCGUUGAGGAUGAUGUCAAGAGCCUACCUGAGAACAAUGAGAACAGCAACAACAACAUCCAAGUUCCCCCCGUGCCACCAUCAGCCCCCUUGCCCCCGCCACCCCCUGCCCUGGCUCCCAGGAGCGAUGCCCCAGGGUGGCGGGUACCAACCGUGUCCGGCUCCCUCACUCCCAAGCAUAUAAUCAAGCCACCAAAGAAGAAAGGUCAUAGCAGCACCCACAAUGCCCUCGUGUCAGAGCUCAAAAUGAGGUUUGAGAAGAGGAACGCAGCUACCGGGGAGCCCCACAUCUAGGUGCUCUCAGCAGCCCCCAGAGACUGCAGACUGCGGCUGUGCAUGGAUGUAUUUAUGUGCUGUGCUCCUCCCCCUGUCUGUCAGCACCCUGUGAACCGAGAGCAGCUCCUCACUGUGAUAGCCACCCCUCACCUUCCACCAGGACCACAUGCUACAGAGUCACCCCACCCACAGAAGUGCUGUGGUCUGUGUCCAGUCGCGACUGCAAUUCCUUCAGCCCGUGUCCCACUGCUGCUCCCUCCCUGCAGCUGUCUGACCACGGUGCUGAGUACACCAGCCACAGUCUCCCCAAGUGAACAGGGAUUCAGGUUGCCCCCAGUUUGGAGGUCUUUACCCAGAGCCUGGGUUUUCAAACAAGAUGCUCUGCAGCCAAGGCCCUGGAAGAUGCUCCUUCUGAGCUGGUCUGGCAGGUGGGUUUGAGGUGUCCAAAAUCCCAUCACUUCAAAUCCCAAACCCGCUUUUGAAGGCAUGAGCACCGAGUCAAUGCGCAGGUCUCCUACAGCAGUGACACUGCCCUGUCCUCAGGGUGUAACAAGCUUUGCAACAACUGGCGGAGUGAUGUGCUCACGGCCUGAGUACCUUCAUUCCCAAAAGGUAAGCGGGCAGACUUGGAGAAGUUCUUCAUUUUCCUGCAGCUUAUGCUGGGUUUUGCCAGAGUGCAUUGACGUGAUGCUGCGCUUUGCUUCUGCCCCGGACUUGGCUGCUGAGGAGGAGACAGGAGGGGCUUUUCAGCCUUCCCUAGACCAGCUGGGGCAAGAUUGGAGCACAGAAGCUCAGUAGCAGCACUCUCAGUACUAGCUCCUUCUGACACUGAGCCCCAAAAAAGGAGGAGCCCAGCAGGAGAAGGACAUGGAUAAAUCCACAGGGAAGACAAGGUAAAACUGAGAGUCAAAUGAUAAGUGAAAAACAUAGACAAGUGCUGGAAAGUCGCAUAUGUUGGUCAGGGAAGUGUCUGGAAAGAUCAUGUGGUGUUGUACACUGCUAGCAGAAGGUGUCAAGGAAUAUAUUUCAUCACCUCUCCUGGCUUGUUCCAGGGACUGGUGAGUGCAAAAUGAGGUUUCCGUAAAAUAUUCUGGUUUGUCCUAUCAGUAUUUUUGAGUGAAUUAUGCAAUAGUUAAUGGGAAGGGGGGGAGGGUGGGAAGGUAGCUGACACUUUUUUUCUGUUAUGUGACAGUAAAAAGCCCCUGAGGGCAGAGCACUUUUUUCACUGGAUCUACCCCACGGUUUCUCCCUCAUGUUUGUUUCUGAGGAGAUGUUUUUCAGCUGGGCGUCAGGCUGGGAAGAAGGCAGAAUGGACAGGGCUGGCUGGGCACCCUGCACCCUCUGCCUGAGCUGGGCACCCUGCACCUUCUGCCUGAGCCCUGGCCCUGCAGAGAAGCUGUGCUGUCAUGGAUUGACACUGGGAACAUCAAGAUGGGGAACAAAGUCAACAGGACAGGACACUGUGUUAAUUCAAAGGGUUCCUGAGAGUUCUCCAGCUGUCAUUUCAGUUGAACCAGCAGACCUGGCACUCCAGAUCUCCUCUCACUCCACUAGCUGGAAAAAUUUCCUUUUUUUGCAGUAGGACUUCAUCAGUUUAGGGGAUAGAUGGUUGAAUAAGAAGUUACCCACUUACAGGGAAAAUCCUGUAUUUUUUAAUUUCAAUCCACCUAGAAGCCAGAGGGUGACCGUGGCUCAUGUUACCCAUGGGCUGAGCCAGGAGCUGUAGCCAAGAGGUACAGCAGGGUCCCAGCUGGGGGCCAUGACAGCAGCACUGCACCCAAAACCUCUCCUGUCAUGUCUCUCCUUUUCUCCACUGUUUUCUUGCUUAUCCCCCACCCCUGGGGCAGUGUGGCCUGAGGCCAAGGCUCUGGUAUUGUGUGCAGUCACCUUGUCCUCAUCCCCUAACUGUGAACUGGUCAGAGGGAGGGGACAUGCAGCCCCCAACCCCUCUCUUGCUGCCCUGUGCAAGCACAUGCCUUCUGCUGGUUGUGUCUCUGCCAGGGUCUGCAAUGUUUCCUGAGGUUCCAAAAGUUUGUUGUUUAUUUUCCAUACUACUGUCUUCCUGAUGUUGUUUUAAAGCCAGUAUUCAGUGUGCAUUCUCUAAUGAGGAAAGCCUAUAAAGACCAUUCAAUUAAGUGAGAUUUAAUAGGAAUUACAGGCUUAUAGUCUUAGAGAUUAUAUUUGAGGCAAUAAAGAUGUUUUAUUACUAUGUUGUAAGACUCUUUCCAAGUUACUCUGUAUUUCAACUUCAAAGGUUUUUGUUAAUAAAUU